AGGAAACCAAUAAAACUGAGAGAAGUAUUUAACUGAAGUUGCAUAAGAUAGUUUUUACUUCUAAAAGAAUGAAGAAGAGUGAAGCUGGAGAAUAGAAUUUUGUUCGUCCUGUAGUUAAAAGGAACUGUUUUUCUAUUGACUUGGCAGUGCUUCAGGUUAUGCUCAAUUGGAUUACACUGUUGUGUUUGAGUGAGUUUCUGUGUGAAUGAAAUUUUGUUGGUCUCUUCACUGCUGUGUUUAGAAGUCGUUUGUGCAAUGUUUGCCUUAGCUGCUUACAGUAUAUUAUUCAUUAACUCUGUGCUCAGUCAAAAUGUUGCUCCAAAGGCAUUCGUUGAGGACAUCCUUAACCAAUAUGGUAACGAUGAAACACUCACUGCAAAGCAACACCACAAACUACUGGAUAAAUUGGGAAUUGUCAAUGUGCAAAAAACAGAUGCAGACGCAUUGGAGGACAUCAUAAAAUCACGGAUAAAGUGCUUGUCCUCUGCAAAAACAUUACACCUGAGGGAGCAGAAUGCCUCAAAUCAAGUGUUGCCCAAAGAUUGGAGAAAUAUCUACAAUACUAUUCUACAGAAAACAGUGGUUGAGUCUUCACGCAUCUCAAGUGAGACAGUAAAGAAAAAGCCAUCUGCCACCGAAGUGUGGGGUUUCGGGUUCCUGACUGUCACUAUCAUCAACCUUACCUCCCUGUUUGGUGUUGCACUUAUUCCUCUCACCAAAAAAACAUAUUUUCCAAAGGUUAUGAUCUGCUUUAUGGGCCUAGCCAUUGGGUCAGUUUUCUCCAAUGCUAUUUUACAACUUAUUCCAGAGGCAUUUGGACUUAUGCCCCAAGACAAUGAUUAUAUUUUGAAAUCAGUGGUUGUGCUUGGUGGAUUCUAUCUCCUUUUCUUCAUAGAGAAGAUACUUAAAAUAUUACUUCAGCCUGAUGAGCAACACCACAGUCAUUUUAGGCUUCCUGAUCAACAAGCUUCUCAUGAGAAGAAUGGUGGUAUUUCGAUGGUGAUCCAGACAAAUAUAAUUUCUAAUCCUGGCAAUGACACCAUAGUAUUAGAGAGUCCAGUGAAUCACUCGUGGAAUGAAAACAAUAUUGCUACUCAGGAAGCACAGUCACAGCAAUCCAGUCCAUGGUUUAGGAGAACUAAAUUAUCUGAAAUCUCUGCUUUAGCCUGGAUGUUAACAUUGAGUGACGGUACCCAUAACUUCAUUGACGGCCUUGCCAUUGGUGUUUCAUUCACAGUAUCCAUAGCGCAGGGGUUCAGCACGUCUAUUGCAAUACUGUGUGAGGAAUUUCUUCAUGAGCUGGGAGAUUUUAUGAUCCUUUUGAACUCAGGUAUGACUAUUCCCCAGGCUCUAACGUUCAACUUUCUGACAGCGUGUUCCUGUUACCUCGGUUUGACGUUAGGCAUAGUAGUAGGAAACAACUUUGCUCCAAACUACAUCUUCGGGCUGGCUGGAGGAAUGUUCCUGUACAUCUCUCUGGCUGAUAUGUUUCCAGAGAUGAACCAACUCGGUAAAGAACUAGAAACUGGAAGAAAAUCAGAAAUAAUAAUAUUUGUUAUCCAAAAUGUUGGUCUGUUUACUGGAUUCAGUCUUAUACUCUUGAUAACUUGGUUUGCUGGUGAUAUCAAAUUAGGCUAGGCAAGUAAUAACCUAAAAUGACACUUUAAGUUUUAAUCAUGUUAAUGUGUAAAUCAUGUCACUAAUUAUCUGCUCCCUUGUUCUGUAGGUCAAGGUGUUAUAUAAUAUCAUGUUAAAUAGAUAAUGAUGAUCCCAGCAUUUGGUAUAAUGGCAUUGGUAAUAUUUCCGUAAAAUGCUGUGCUUAUCAGACUCAACCACUGCUUCCUGGGCACUCAGCCAUAUAUGACAAUUUAAAACAAAGUUGAGACAGAAUAAUUCUGUGUGUUCAUCUACAAA